GGUUAUUACCACAGAUCAAGUUGUGAUUUUGACCACCGUCGAGGCGUCGAAACGCCAAUGCGAUUUUGCCGGCUAUCAUGUUGUAAAUUUGUGAUAAUAACGUUUACAAAUACAAAAUCUAGUUUCCGAAGUUUCAAACGUUCAAAAGUUCGAAACUCGUCUCGCAAAGUUCAAACGAUGUUCCUUGUGUAAGUCUAAGACUAAAUUGUAUACAACGCUAAAAUGGAAACAGCCGUCGAAGAAUAUCCGCCAGUAAAUUGGGGUAAUGAAAAAUUGGAAGAAGCUCAGGAUUCGGUCAACGAAAAUCCAUGGGACGUAGAGUCGUGGGCUAUACUUUUGCGUGAAGCACAGACUCGAUGGAUCAACGAUGUACGUUCGUUUUUUGAAAAACUUGUCACUACAUUUCCAACUUCUGGUCGUUACUGGAAGUAUUAUAUCGAAAUGGAAAUGCGUGGACGGAAUUUCGAAAAAGUCGAGAAGCUCUUUCAACGUUGUCUUGUCAAAGUACUUAAUAUUGAACUGUGGAAACUUUAUCUAGCUUAUGUUAAAGAGACUAAAGCACUUUUACCAACUUACAAAGAGAAAAUGGCUCAAGCAUAUGAUUUUGCAUUGGAUAAAAUUGGCAUGGAUAUACAUUCACAUAACAUUUGGCAAGAUUAUAUAACCUUUUUAAGUAGUGUUGAAGCAGUUGGUUCAUAUGCUGAAAAUCAAAAAAUAACAGCAAUCAGAAAAGUCUAUCAACGUGGUGUUGUAAAUCCUAUGAUUAACAUUGAAUUGUUAUGGAAAGAGUAUCUGGCUUUUGAACAAAGUAUUAAUAUUAUGAUUGCUGAUAAGAUGAUGAUUGAACGAAGUAGAGAUUAUAUGAAUGCCAGGAGAGUCACCAAAGAGUAUGAGGUAGUUAUAAGAGGACUGAAUAAGAAUUAUCCUAGUGUACCUCCAACUGGUAACCUAGAUGAGAUGAAACAAGUAGAAUUGUGGAAAAAAUAUAUUAUCUGGGAAAAAGCAAACCCUUUAAAUACUGAAGACACUGCACUGAUUACAAGACGAGUUAUGUUUGCUUUUGACCAAGCACUAUUGUGUAUGACCCAUCAUCCUGACUUUUGGUAUGAAGCUGCUCAGUUUUUAGAUGGAAGUUCUAAAAUUCUCUCUGAAAAAGGAGAUAUAUCAGCAGCUAAACAGUAUAGUGAUGAAGCAGCUAAUGUUUAUGAAAGAGCAAUUGGUACUGUAUUAAAUACAAGUAUGUUAUUACGUUUUGCUUAUGCUGAUUUUGAAGAAGGUCGCAUGAAUUAUGAAAAAGUUCAUAGUAUUUAUAAAAGUUAUUUAGAAAACGAAAUUACUACUGAUCCAACCCUGACAUAUGUACAAUAUAUGAAAUUUGCUCGUCGUGCUGAAGGAAUUAAAUCUGCACGAGCAGUUUUCAAAAAAGCUAGAGAAGACCCUAGAUCUAAAUACCAUGUCUAUGUUUCUGCUGCAUUAAUGGAAUAUUACUGUAGUAAAGACAAAAACAUUGCUUUUCGUAUUUUUGAGCUUGGAUUAAAAAAGUAUUGCGAUAAUCCUCAGUAUAUUAUUAGUUAUAUAGAUUAUCUUUCUCAUCUCAAUGAGGAUAAUAAUACAAGGGUGUUAUUUGAGAGAGUUCUAUCAAAUACAAGUCUUGAACCAGAAAAAUCUGUAGAUAUUUGGAAUCGAUUCCUUGAAUUUGAAUCAAAUAUAGGAGAUUUGUCAAGCAUAUUGAAAGUAGAAAAACGACGAUCAGCUGUUUUUGGCAAGCUAGUAGAAUUUGAAGGAAAAGAAACAGCACAACUUGUGGACAGAUAUAGGUUUUUAAACCUAUUUCCAUGUACAAGUCCUGAAUUGAGAUCUAUUGGUUAUAAUGAAGUUACUAAUACAGUAUCUAAAACCAUGCAUAAUUCCAUUCAAAGAUCUGCUGUUAUCGAUGGGUUAGAUGACUUAGAUAAUCGACCUAAUGAAAAGCGAUUGCCGUUGCCAGAUAUUUCUCAAAUGGUACCUUAUAAACCAAAAUUGAAUGCUUUUCCAGGCGAACAUAUUGUACCAGGAGGAACGUUUCCACCGCCUCCACCUGCUUGCCAGCUAAUGCAAGUAUUACCACCACCUGGUUGUUUCCAUGGUCCAUUUGUAUCUGUAGACAUGCUUAUGGAUAUUUUCCUUAGACUUAUACUUCCUGAUAAAGCACCAAUGCCGAAAGCUGAUAAUGGAUGUGAUGUGAAAUUAUUUGACACUGCUAUGUCAGUGCAAUGGGCGAAUGAAGAUACAGCACAUGGUGGCUCCAAUAAAAAAAAACGUAGAAUAGGAGGACUAUCUGGUAAAGGAGAUGACAGUGAUGAAGAUAUUAACUUAGUACCACCACCAUUUGAUAUAUAUCGUUCAAGACAACAAAAGCGUGUGUCCAAAUAACUCAUUUGAGUUAUAAGUAGAUUACAAAUGCUAAUUUUGAUUUUUGUCUACUGACAGUAUCAUUUUCAUUUAUUCAUUUCAAUGUUGUUUUUUUUUUUAAUUUGUAAACAAUUAUUUGAAUUAAAUAAUUAUUUUAGCAUAAUAUUUGUUUAUAAACCAAACCAAGACAUAUAUUAUACAUUUAGUUAAAAAACUAAAUUAUUGAUUUCACUAUUAUGUGAAACUAUCAUUAAUGUAUAGUAAUUUUUGAAUCAAUAUAACAGGCUCUCCUAAAGUCACUACCCGUGCUUAAUAAAUGAUUUUACGUGACUAAGAAAUAUAAACUUACUAUUUUAUAAAACUUUACCAAAAAUAAAAAGAGCAUCACUUAUUAAUAUUUUAUAUUUCCUAUAAUAUGCUAUGAUUGUGAUUUUGCUAUCUAUAUAAUUGUGAGCAGUUUACUUGCUGUUUAUAAAUUGUACACAUUGUCUCUAAAAUGAUAUAUUUAAUAUUUGAAUAUCAUAUUAUUAAUACUUGUAUUAUCUUUCCAGUGAGGAAGGGUUAUGGUCUUACUUUAAAAUGUAUGAGAAUACCACUGGCUUAACCUUAAACAUAUUAAUUUGUUCAUAUUUGAUGAGUUAAAAACAAUUUUAAUAGUUGACUGUAGACUAUAGGUACACAAAAAUAUGCAACUAAUAAUAAUAGGUACUAUUAUAUUUUAUAUCAUAAUAAUAUUAGUUAUUAGCUACAACAUAUAUAUACCUAUUAAGUAUUUGCAAUUGAUGAUAUUAUUUAUGAAUUAUGAUAAUUUUUGAUACAUCUGUACCGUAUAUACUAUGUAUAUAUUUUUAUUUUGUCAAAAAUAAAUAUUUUAAAGAAAAACAA